ACAAAACCCUAAGGGGUUCUUGUAAGAACAAUUCGCCGCCGGAUUGAUCCCAACUUCACUUCAUAUGCUCGCUAUGUAUCACCUUAAAUAACCUUUAGGGUUUCGUCUCUUCUCUCAAAACACUAUCUCGGAAAUCACUUCCUUGCUCUAUAUACUUAUUUUUUGUCCCCGUUGCUGCCAUCAUGGUCUGCAAAAUUGUUUCCCGUUGUUUCGGGCAUUGAUUGCGAGGGAAGUAAUUGACGUGUUUGAUUGUUGUUUGAGCUAGAUCAUUCUAAGUUCCGUGGUUUCGGAUUGAAAGAAUGAAACGAUUCUCAGUUCUGGGUGAUAAAGUUUUGAUCUUUGCCAGCUCAAAGUGAGGAUUUUUGCAGUUAUCAGAAUAUGGAUAUAACUUCGUCUAGGUUGAAAGAGCGUCUUUUUGCCCUCAGGGUUUAGGAUUUGAUUAUCGCGUUGUGAUCACUUGUUGAGUUUCGACAAGGGUUAUGAUCAAUCAUGUUAUCUGAAUUGGGAAGGAGACCCAUGAUAGGUGGUAACGAGGGAUCGUUUGGUGAUGACUUGGAAAAGGAGUUAGGAUUGUUACUUCGUGAGCAGCGUCGGCAAGAGGCUGAGGGUUAUGAUCGCGAGCGCGAACUCAAUAUGUAUAGGAGUGGCUCUGCUCCUCCAACUGUGGAGGGUUCACUGAGUGCAGUUGGAGGGUUGUUUGCUGGAAUUGGAAGCGGCGGUGACGGCGGCGGCAGUGGUGCUGCCUUAGCCGAGUUUUCGAGAAAUGGAAACGGGUUUUCAUCCGAGGAAGAACUAAGGUCUGAUCCAGCUUAUCUUUCGUACUAUUACUCAAAUGUGAACUUGAACCCUAGGCUUCCUCCUCCCUUGCUUUCUAAGGAGGACUGGAGGUUUGCACAGAGGUUGAAGGGAAGUGGUCCCAUGUUGGGAGGGAUAGGAGAUAGGAGGAAAGUGAACAGGGCUGAUAAUGGUAGUGGUAAUAGAUCGUUGUUUUCGAUGCCACCUGGUUUUGACUCGAGGAAACCGGAAAGUAGUGAGGUUGAGGCAGAUAAAGUACAUGGAACUGGUGAAUGGGGUGGUGAUGGGCUGAUUGGUUUGCCCGGUUUAGGUCUUGGGAGCAAGCAGAAGAGCCUUGCUGAAAUUUUUCAGGAUGACUUGGGGCGUGCAACUCCUCUGACAGGUCACCCUUCUCGUCCUGCUAGCCGAAAUGCAUUCGAUGAAAAUGUUGAAACUUUAGGGUCAGGUGAAGCUGACUUGGCUCUUCUUCGCCGUGAAGUAGCAUCAGCUGAUGCUUUACGAUCUAGUGCAAAUGGCCCAUCUUCUUCAUAUACUUAUGCUGCUGCCCUGGGAUCCUCUCUGUCAAGGAGCACCACUCCAGAUCCUCAGUUUGUUGCUAGGGCUCCUAGUCCGUGCCUCACACCUAUUGGAGGGGGGAGAACUAGCAAUGCUGACAAGAGGAGCAUCACUGGUUCAAAUUCAUUUAGUGGUGUUUCAUCUGGCAUCAAUGAAUCCUCGGAUUUGAUAGCCGCUUUAUCUGGUAUGAACUUGUCGACAAUUGGUGUGAUUGGCGAAGAGAACCAUUUUCCAUCUCAGAUUGAACAUGAUGAUGCUGAUGGUCACCAGAAUUAUUUGUUUGGUUUGGAAAGUGAUCAGAAUCAUGUUAAGCAACAUUUGUACCUGCAGAAGUCUGAAUCAGGGCAUUUAAAUAUGCCUGUGGCUCCUCAAUCAGUAAAGGGAACUUACCCCAAUUCUGGUAAGAUCAAUGGUGGGGGUUCAGACCUCAACUCGCCCUUGGUAUCUGAUAGGCAUGUUGGAGUGCGAAAAUCUUUUGUUCACUCAGGUAAUUCAUAUCUAAAAGGAUCACCGACCUCCCCUCUUAAUGGUGGAAGUGGCUUACCUGGUCAGUACCAGCAUAUGGAUGGUACACAUUCGUCAUUCCAAACCUAUGGAUUAGGUGGAUAUUCCUUAAAUCCAGCAUUGGCUUCCAUGAUGGCUAGCCAACUUGGCACAGGUAAUCUCCCUCCCUUGUUUGAAAAUGCUGCUGCAGCAUCAGCCAUGGCAGUCCCUGGGAUGGACUCAAAAGUGCUUGGAGGUGGUUUUACUCCAGGGUCAAAUCUGAUGUCUGUCGCAUCUGAAUCACAGAACCACGGUAGGUUGGGAAGUCCUAUGGCAGGAAGUGCUCUUGAGGCACCCUUUGUUGAUCCGAUGUAUCUGCAGUACUUGAGGACACCCGAGUUUGCUGCGGCACAGCUUGCUGCUUUGAAUGAUUCCUCUAUGGAUGGGAACUAUGGGGGCAAUUCAUACAUGCAUUUGCUCGAACUUCAGAAAGCUUAUCUUGGAGCUUUGCUAUCACCUCAGAAAUCACAGUAUGGUGUCCCAUUGGGUGGUAAAUCUGGCAGUUCCAACCACCAUGGUUACUAUGGAAAUCCUCCCUAUGGUCUGUCAUAUCCAGGAAGCCCCUUGGCAAAUCCUAUCAUUCCAAACUCUCCAGUUGGAUCUGGCAGUCCCAUCAGGCACAAUGAUUUUAACAUGCGCUUUCCUCCUGGGAUAAGGAACUUGGCUGGGGGCGUCAUGGGGCCCUGGCACUUGAAUGGGGGUUUGAACAUGGAUGAAGGGUUUGCAUCAUCACUUCUGGAAGAGUUUAAGAGCAACAAAGCUAAAUGCUUUGAACUUUCUGAAAUUGCUGGUCACGUCGUCGAGUUCAGUGCUGAUCAGUACGGUAGUCGAUUCAUUCAACAAAAACUUGAGACAGCGACAACUGAAGAGAAAAAUAUGGUUUAUCAGGAAAUCAUGCCACAAGCUCUUGCUUUGAUGACUGACGUGUUUGGUAAUUAUGUAAUUCAGAAGUUUUUUGAGCAUGGACUUUCAUCCCAGAGAAGAGAACUAGCGAGCAAACUCUUUGGUCAUGUUUUGACUCUUGGUCUUCAGAUGUAUGGUUGCCGAGUGAUUCAGAAGGCUAUUGAAGUUGUUGAUUUAGACCAGAAGAUUAAAAUGGUUGAGGAGCUUGAUGGUCAUGUGAUGCGCUGUGUGCGUGACCAGAAUGGGAACCAUGUCAUCCAGAAGUGUAUUGAAUGUGUCCCUGAAGACAGUAUUCAAUUUAUUGUCACAACAUUCUUUGACCAGGUUGUGAGCCUUUCCACACACCCAUAUGGGUGCCGAGUUAUACAGAGAAUACUGGAACAUUGCGAAGACCCGGGAACACAGAGUAAAGUUAUGGAUGAGAUUUUAGGAUCUGUCAGCAUGUUGGCACAAGAUCAGUAUGGAAAUUAUGUUGUUCAGCAUGUGUUGGAGCAUGGAAAGUCUCAUGAACGCUCUGCUAUAAUCAAGGAAUUAGCUGGGAAAAUUGUCCAAAUGAGUCAGCAGAAGUUUGCCUCCAAUGUUGUGGAGAAGUGUUUGGCUUUUGGCGGUCCUAGUGAACGUCAGUUACUGGUUAAUGAGAUGCUUGGCACUACCGAUGAAAAUGAGCCUCUUCAGGCCAUGAUGAAAGAUCAGUUUGCAAACUAUGUUGUUCAAAAAGUGCUCGAGACUUGUGAUGACCAACAACGAGAACUGAUCCUUACGCGAAUUAAGGUUCAUUUAAAUGCAUUGAAGAAAUACACAUAUGGAAAGCAUAUUGUUGCCCGUGUAGAGAAACUCGUUGCUGCUGGAGAAAGGAGAAUUGCGGCCCAAUCUCUACACUCCGCCUAGGUGGCAUAGGAAAGAAAGGUGUUUGUACAGCUAACUGAGGCUACUGUGAGCUUCCUCUCUUCUCCUUCUUCCUCCCCCGCAUCUUAGAGUUAUGCCUCUCUAUCUAUCUUUUUCAGACAGAUAAGAGUCGAUUGAAAAUAAAGUUGUUGCUUGUACUGGAAACUGUACAUUGUGUAGCUUAAGGUUUAUACAUAGAUGUGAUCGAGGCUGAAGUUCAGAUGUUAAAUACACCUGAAUCCUACGCAAAGGAGAUAAAUGACUGUACAAGUUCUAAGGCUGUAAAAAUGAGUUGAGGUAGUUUGUGUUCAUGUGACUGUACAAAUAUGCCGUGGGAAGAGAGCUGUUAAUGUUUAGGUGAGGACAGAAUUUUCUUGAUAUGUAUGGUAAUUGACUUGUCCUUUAAAGUACAAUUUUCUUGCCCA